AUGUUUCGUGCGCAGUCGAACAUAUUCGACGAGGUCGUAGUAAAGGCAACUGACGAGAACUUGACAAGUGAGAACUGGGAAUACAUACUUGAUGUGUGCGACAAAGUCGGAGCCUCCGACAGCGGCGCGAAAGAUGUUGUUUCUGCUAUGAUCAAGCGGUUAGCACACCGCAACGCGAACGUACAGCUAUACACCCUCGAGCUCGCAAACGCCCUUUCCCAGAACUGCGGGAUGCCCAUGCACAAGGAGCUGGCGUCACGGAGCUUUACAGACGCGCUGUUGAGGCUAGCGAACGAUAGGAAUACGCAUCAGCAAGUCAAGGCCAAGAUCAUCGAGCGCAUGGCAGAGUGGGCAGACAUGUUCUCCCGUGAUCCGGACCUUGGCAUUAUGCAGGGCGCGUAUAUGAAGCUGAAGACACAGAAUCCCAACCUCCGAGCCCCGUCCAAACCACAGAAGACACAGAUCUCCGAUGUCGAUCGUCAGAAGGAAGACGACGAACUUCAAAUGGCCCUUGCCAUGUCGAUAAAAGAAUCAAAGGGCGCAACUCCCGUCGCGGCCAAGUCCAAUGCGCCACAAGACACGAGCGCCGGUUCCAGCUCGCAGCCUGCCCAGCCAACACCACCAGCACCGUCGGGCACAACUGCGGCGACCGUCUCGCGUGUCCGAGCCUUGUUCGACUUCCAACCAUCUGAGCCUGGCGAGCUGCAGUUCCGGAAGGGCGACAUUAUUGCUGUGCUGGAAUCAGUGUUCAAGGACUGGUGGAAGGGGUCGCUUCGUGGCCAAACGGGCAUUUUCCCGCUGAACUACGUGGAGAAGCUUCAGGAUCCGACACGUGAGGAGCUGGAGAAAGAAGCGCACAUGGAGGCCGAGGUGUUUGCGCAGAUACGGAAUGUGGAGAAGUUACUCGCACUACUCAGUACGACCUCGCAGGGAGGCAACGACACACGAGACAACGAGGAGAUUACAGAACUAUACCACUCCACACUGGCCAUCAGGCCAAAGUUGAUUGAGCUCAUUGGAAAGUACUCACAGAAGAAGGACGACUUUACGCAGCUGAAUGAGAAGUUCAUCAAGGCUCGCCGCGAUUACGAGUCCAUGCUCGAGGCAUCUAUGUCACAGCCUCCACAACCUGCGUAUGGUGGCCGCCCGUACGGUGGCUACAAUGCACCACCUCCAAGUAACUAUGCGGGAUAUCCGCCGACUUCUGCACCUCCUCAGCAGGAUCCAAAUCGCUUUGGAUAUGGCGGUGGAGCGCCUCCUCAAGGGCCUCCUGGCAACUACCCACCUGCAGGCUCGAAUCCUGCUUUCUUUAUGGUACCACCUGGUGACCACCGGCCCCAACAACAAACACCAAAACCAGCUCCAGCUUCAGAUCCCUACGCCCCUCCCAUAGGCAGAGUGCCCGUGGGGCGACCACAAAACUUUCCGCCUCAAGAACUAACCACGCCGCAUUACGACUCGCCUGUAGACAACCGGCAGUCUUUUGUGCCCCCGAACCAAGCUCAGGACGGUCCUUCGGCGCCUCAGGGUUACGGAUAUCCGCCACCAUCACAACAACUCGGAGGCUAUCCUCCACAGACAAGCGCGCCCCAAGGACCUCCACAAGGGCCAUCACAAUCAAUCCAAAACCCCUAUGAACAUGUUUCAUCCCCACCUCCUCAACAACAACCUCCCCACGAACAGGAUCCUUAUGCCCAACCACCCCCUCAAGCAGCUUACGGAUACCCACCACAACAGCCCGGACAUGCUCCGCCUGCCCCGCCCGCUGCAACAUCCAGUUCUCCCCCUCCAACACAAGAAUACCUCGCGUAUCGUCCUGGACAGGCACCGAGUGCGCCUCCUGUCGGUGGCGACGAGGGCUUCUACCGAUGA